AUGUCUUGUUUCAUGCCAGAGUGCCACUACGUUCGCCCCAACGGCUCGAGUUACAAGCUCAACCACGACAAGAACACGGGCCCCGGAGCUGCAUUCUACUACUGUUCCAUUCAUCGUGCCUACCACUGCAUCGCGGUCAAGUCUCACCGGCGUCUCCCCCAGCCCGUGUGUGGUGAAUGCGCCUGGCUCUUCUUUCGGUUCCCCAAAGAAGCCACUAGAUAUCCGGGUUUCGAUAGUAGUGCCACUACCGGUCAUACUGACGGAACAAUGAGUCCUGUGUCGCCGGUACCUCGGGAAUCUGGCGGUCUGUUUGGGUGCGUAGAUGCCGCGACUAGCGACCCCGAUGCCAUGGAUCUGGAUGGGCCUAAGUACUCACUACCGUCCAUGGAAGAGACAUUCGGGAAUCCCCACGAUGGUAACGACAUGAGACCACAGAGGAGUCGGAAACGUUGCCGUUGCUGCACCAGCAGUUCUAUCAGUAGCGACCAGGACGAUUUAGAUCACAGCGAGUAG